UUUCUUUUCACAACAGAAUAGACGUGAUACUAGAAAAUUGACUCAAAUUAAUUCAUAAGCUAAUUUAUUCAACUAGAAAUCAAAAGUCGUGAAGUAUUGAACUGAAUUUUAUUCGUAGUUUACUUCUAGUUUUGCCAGCCCAGUCAGUCUACUUACUAAAGUAUUGUAAGAGUGAUACAAUGAUAUUUACUUCAAGAAUAUUUUAUGCGGAUUAAAUUAUUUGAACGCGGGCUAAAACUUGCGACUGGGAAUUGGAAAAAAAUGAUGUCUUUCCCAGAAUCUCCCGCGAAAGCCUCGCUAUGCUGCGAGGAAAAUCAAGAAGGUGCUCCCCCUACGUAUGCUAUGUAUGAAGCACUCAAAGAUUCUUGCCAAAAUAACGCAACAUACUUUCAACCUGAUGACAGUGAAAAUGGUCAAAGAUUGUACCAAGGUUUCAUGACUUUAAUUGAUCAUAUAGACACAGUAUGGCCACUUGUUGAUCAUGUAAGAAAGGUAGCACCACUUUAUGAUUUUGAUGCAAAGUCCCCAGGCAAUGGGUAUCGUAGUUUUGUAUCGGUUGUGGACUCAUGUGUUCUGCAUGGCCUGAAACUUAGCAGACAAGUUGGUGCAGGAAGGGAUGCACUGCUUUUUCGUAAGGGAUAUUUUGUAAAAGAGAUCGAGUCAUGCGGGCAGCUGUUAGCGUCUCUAGGGACGUGUCUACAUCAUCUACAAACGCUACUAUCGUGGGCGCCCCCUGGCGACCUGUUUCCUACGGACCAACAUUCACCUGAAGAACUAUUUUCACAAGCAGAUACUAUCAAUCAGUAUUGUUUCUACGGAAGAUGUCUUGGUUUUCAGUUCACGCCGUCAAUGCGGGGUAUACUGAAGGGCAUCUCAAUCUGCAUGGCGGGUUUCUCCGAAGCGUACUACAGCCACGGCAACUUGAUCAGCUCGGUGUGGACAGGCGGACAGUACCUCAUCGACCCGGAGAUGAGAGCGCGCAGGAUUGUCAAUAUAUCGCAGUCCGCUAGUGUCGAGUUUUGUAAAGCGUUCUGGUUUCUCGCGGAAAGUGGUAAGUUUUAUUUACUUCUGAAUUUUGGGUUCGUGGCGCAGAGCUCGAAGUCGCACGAGGCGUACCUGCGCGAGUGGGCCGCCAAGCUGGACGUGCCCAUACUCUCCGUGGACUACAGCCUCGCGCCGCAGGCGCCCUUCCCGCGCGCGCUCGACGAGGUCUUCUACGCCUACUGCUGGAUGCUCAACCACUUCAAAGAUAUCGGUACUACAGGCAAACGCAUAGUAUUCGCUGGAGAUUCCGCAGGUGCGAAUUUAAUAGCGGGUUGCACUCUUAAGAUCCUCUCAGCGGGACUCAGACCUCCGGAUGGUCUGUUUAUGGCCUAUGCACCGCUUCUUGUUAGUUUCAUACCAAGCCCCGCGAGAUUACUGUGCCUGAUGGACCCCUUGCUGCCGUUUGGAUUCAUGAUGAGGUGUCUUAAAGCAUACGCAAGUCCGAAUGCGACAGGAAGAGGUAAACCUGAUAGUCGGGGUAAUAAAGAAACUACGGUCUCAAACGCUACAACUCCCUUAGACAGCAAUGGUUUUCUCAAAGUCAGUCCGUCACAAGAGGGUGUGAGCGAGGGUCCGUCGUCGCUGGAGGAGGUGUCGCCGUCGGACCUGGCGGAGCUGCAGGCGCACAAGUCGGCCGGCAGCGAGCGCCGCCGCUCCGCCGACACCACCGCCAGCGCCGCCUCGCUGCAGAGCGAGCACACCGCCGGUUUAACUCCGACGGAGGACAAGUCCCAGCAGUUCGUGUCGGAGUUCCUGGAGCGCUACGUGCUGGACAGCGACACCGACUCCGAGGGCAGGAGGUUUCCCGUCAUCAAACCUAAUACACGACGUGAAGACUCACAGAGGGAAUUGGAAUCGGAAGCUUCUAAUACGCUAGUCGGAGAACCCCCCUUAGUAGACGAACAGGACCCCAAAGACAGUAAGAAAAGAAUUAAAACAAGGAUAAGUGAAGCGGCGACCGGUAUAAUGGGAGCCAUGUCGUCGCGACUCGCCUACAUCACCGGCUCUAAUUCUAUCAGCAGGCCUACGCAAGAGGAGUUGUCGGUGCGCACGAACCUGGACGCGCUGAUCGCGCGCAGCCCCUCCGACGAGUUCAUAUUCUCAGUGCCGCGCGACCCGCUGCUCUCCCCCUACUGGGCCGAGCCGCGUCUGCUGCGCGGCUUCCCGCCGCUGCGCAUACUGACGGUACACUUGGACCCAUGUUUAGACGACUGUGUGAUGUUCGCGAAGAAACUAAAAGAUCUUGGCAAUGAAGUUGGCAUUGAUGUGCUUGAAGGUCUACCUCACGGGUUCCUUAAUUUCUCACUGAUGGCCAAAGAAGCGAAUGAAGGUUCCAAACUGUGCGUGGAACGUAUAAAGCAAUUACUUGAUUUGGAAAAUGAAGCUGGCUCAUCUACCGGACAGGAAGACUUAUGAAUAUUUCUGUGCUGCCAUCCAUAAUGCCUGGUAUACAAAUGGCCAGUACAGUUGUACAGUAGACCCAGUAACUGGACUGGAAUAAUGUGAGUUAAUCUGCGCUACUGUAGAUAUACUUGCCAUGUGUGAACCAGGCAUAAGGCUUUGUGCUGUGCCUGUGCCUAAUCAACUUUUAAAAUAUCCACACUCUAUGAAUAUAGCCAUAGACAUCUUGAGAGUAAAGAAAUGUUUCUCUAUGAUUAUAACCACAGAGAAACUUUUACUGUAGUGUCUAUAGUAUCUCCAGUGUUUAAAAAUUCUUCGUCCUUAAAUUAAAUGCCUCUAUAAAUAUUAUACCAUAAUCUCUUAUAAUGAAAUGGUAAUGUGGCUGUAGGAAUAAAAAAUGUUUGCCUUAAUUCAAUAAAAAAAAAUUAUACUCUAUGGACGCAACAUCAAAGAUAUUAUAUUAGAAAUAUUUUAAAAAAGCCAACGUAGGUACAAUACAAGUAGGAAACUUUAAAUUUAAAUUGAAUAAAGCAAAUGUAAAUAAAAGUAAAUUAAAAAAAAUACCAUAAUUGAUCAAAUCCGUCUUAGUCCGACUAGAUUUGAAAAUUAAAAUUGUAAAAAGCCUGGUUUUUAAAUUCAAAUAAAAUGUCUAUGUUACUCAGUAUUAUGUUACCAUCCGGCAGAUCUUAAAAUCUAUCUUCAAAGCUUAUAUCAAUUAUAUGGACUUAGAAGACAUUAAAGAUGUUUCCCGUUAGGCUUAUCGCCCCCCAAUCGAUAGACCCAAUGGGAAAUUUUUCCCAUUGAGCCGAUCGAAUCAAUACAAUCAAUCGAUCCAAUAGAAAAAUUUUCAAUUGCGAUCGAUCGGCCCAACGGGAAACACCCGAAAUUUCUUGUAAAUAAUGACAAUUUAGUAGAAUUGUGGAUAUUUUGGUUUAAUUUUUAACAUGAGUUAAUGCACGGACCAGAAUAUUUAAUGGAUAUGAAUAAAGGUAGGCGAAUACAGAUUUAUAUGAAAUUACUUGUGUUUAAAGUUUGCUGGAAAAUCUGUGUGAUUUUUUAAUUGUAUUUUAACAUCAUACCAGAACUGGUUGUCUAUUUUAAAAUUUAUUGAUUAAGGAACAAUAUGUUCUUACUGAAAUGUGUUUGCCAAUUUUUCUAUUAAAUUUAAAACCGAAUUUCUAUUUAUUUAAAUUGUAAUUGUGAAAUAAUUUAUUGAUUCUACAUCUCUUUUUGAAUAACCUUUUGAAAGAUUUAUUAUUCUUAGUAGAAAGAAAAAACAACAGGCCUUUUGUUCACUUUUAUCUUCUUUAAAGGGGAUUAAUU